AUGAGAGCACCAACGAAUCUCAGGCGGCUGAGGAAGGGAGACGCCUUUGCGAUUCCCAGGGGUGAUGCCGGCCGCUACACCGCCUUCCACCUCAUGGGCGCUCAGGAGGAUUUUGGAAGCAUUCUGCAUGGGUUCAGCUCAGACCUGCUGGCACAGGCGUGGGACGUGGAGGAGGGGGAGGUGCAGCAGCUGCUGCAGGCGCAGCAGGAGAGCGUUUUUGUCAAAGUCACUCCGCAGCUUCGGGCAGAGCUGGAAAACUACCGGGAGAAUGAGAAGGAGCCGCACGUUGGCAAGGGGGCGAAGCGUAGUGAGAGCAUCUUUGUAGUGCUCACAUACAACCUCAAGACCCGCCAGCCGGACAUCUACGUGAAGCGUGGCGGCACCGUGACCGCGGCCAACGGGUACAAGCUGCCGGCGUUCCGCAAAGUGGGCUUUGCAGUGGCGCGCUUCAGCCUGGAGGGCAACACCAUGACGGCGCCGAGAUGGCUGGCGAAUGCGGCGGCCAUGCUGCAGGCGCUGCAACACGACUUGAAGGAGGGGGACUUUGUGGUUGUGCCUGCAAGCUUCCCACACGCUGCUCUGGCCUAUGGCGAGGGUCUGGAGUGCAUUGCCAUGAUUCCCAAGAGCCGCCCGCAGGCGGGGUUCCUGGCGGGGGCGAACUCGGUAUUCCGCAUGCUUCCUGCCUCCGUGCAGCGCGCCGCUUUCAACGCCGAUGAGAAGCUGCUGGAGAAGCUGCGGGCUACUAGGCAGAGCGAGUUUGGCAUCCUGCCGCCCAGGAAGAGCAAGGGAGAGGAGGAGGAAGGGGAGGAGGAGAUGCCUAAGCUCAUUGAGCAGGUGGUGGGCUUCUGA